AUGAAGGUGUACUUCAUCUACGAAGGGAAGGAUGUGAAUGGGUGCGUGGUGGACGGCAGCCUGGCAGAGGCCUUCAAGCUGAAGAUGGACAUCCCGGCAAGCUGGCUCAGCGGGCCGUGCGAGAGGCUGCUCAGCUUUGUGGUUUCCACGUACAACAAAAAGCACCCCGACAACCCCCUGACGGCCGCGGAGCUUAGCCUGUGGUGCGGCAACGUGGAGCUGAAGCCGUCGGAUGUGGUGCAGACACGCGUCCACGAGUACAACGACGUGCAUCUCCGCCACUUGGCGAAGUCCGCGCUGCAGGAGCAGAAGCCAGGCUCGGUGGUGUGCACCAACUUUGGCUGUGGACAGUUUUUCCUCCCGGCGGAGAAUCACGACUCGGCGUGCCACUACCACGCGGAGCCCCCUGUCUUCCACGACAUUGAAAAAUACUGGCGGUGUUGCCCGACGCACCGGGCCCGCGACUGGGAGGAGUUCAAGGCCAUCCCCGCCUGUCGCGUGGGCCCCCACAGCACGGAGAACAGGCCGGUAUCGUUUGCGAGUGCGCCCCUGUCGAACCAGCCCCUGCCGCUGCCGCAGGUACAGGCGGCGGCGCAUGGCAGCGAAAAUGCCGCGGUCGAUCGCACCACCGGACCGAGGGAGUUCGAAGGGGCGGUGGCGGCGCAGCAGCAGCCGCCGCAGAAGAUUGUGGACGGUAAGGCGCGGUGCCGCCACUACGGCUGCCAGCAGGAGUUUGUGGUGAGUGAGAAUCACCCGAAGGCGUGCCGGUACCACACGGGGGGCCCGGUCUUUUGGGACACCUACAAGUACUGGAAGUGCUGCCCCGACAAGAAGUGCUACGAAUUUGACGACUUUGUUAAAGUUCCUGGAUGCACGGAGGGCCCACACCAGCUGUAG